ACUUGCUUUUCAGGCAAAACUGGAGGGUAAGUCCGUUGAAAGUUGAAACGUAAGUACUAAAGACUAAUCCCCGUUUAUGAAAAAUAUAAUAUUCUCACUUUCCCGGGGAUCAAAGGCCAUAUAUUUUGCGAAUUCAAUUAAUGGGUUUUAGAAGAAUGGGUUGGCAUGAGUUACUAUGGGUCGGAAGGCUGCUUGUUCUUAUGCAACUGCUUCAUGGGGUGUUUGGUUGGGGAAAGGACGGUCAUUUUGCUGUUUGCAAGAUAGCUGAGGAAUAUCUUACUAAAGAUGCUCUGGCUACAGUAAAGGAACUGCUCCCUGAUUCCGCUGGAGGUGAGCUUGCAUCUGUAUGCUCCUGGGCUGAUGAUGUAAGGUGGCACUAUCACUGGUCUAGUCCCUUACACUAUGUUGACACCCCAGAUUUCAAGUGUAAUUAUAAAUACUGCCGGGACUGCCAUGAUGCUGCUGGACAUAAGGAUCACUGCGUAACUGGAGCCAUUUUCAACUAUACAAAGCAACUUUUUUCAGCAUAUCAGGGAUAUAGUCCUCAGUUGAGUUACAAUUUGACAGAGGCGCUUAUGUUCUUAGCUCAUUUUAUUGGGGAUGUCCAUCAGCCAUUACAUGUUGGCUUCUUAGGAGAUUUAGGUGGGAAUACAAUUACAGUCCGUUGGUACCGCAGGAAGACAAAUCUACACCAUGUCUGGGAUACCAUGAUUAUUGAUUCUGCUGUGAAGACAUUGUAUGGCUCAGAUCUUGCAACAAUGAUUCAAGCCAUCCAGAGAAAUAUUACUGAUGCUUGGUCCAAUGAUGUAUCAUCAUGGGAGAACUGUGGACAUAAUCAAACUGUUUGUCCUAACCUGUAUGCUUCUGAAAGUGUUAGGAUGGCAUGUAAGUUUGCAUAUAGGAAUGCCACACCGGGAAGCACAUUAGAAGAUGAGUAUUUCCUUUCUCGGUUGCCUAUUGUGGAGAAGAGGCUUGCUCAAGGCGGGAUUCGCCUAGCUGCCGUGCUUAACCGAUUAUUUAAUUCUGAAGUUAAAUCGCUCAAGCAUGAAGAUAGGCAUUUGUAAAUUAUGAAGUGAGGGCGACUAUAGUAUCCCUUUAUCAACUCUUUCAAGAAAAGAUGAUGAACUUUAUGUUUAUCUCCGACUGUAUUACUGUUAAAGAUGCUCUUGCCUCCCUUAUACUGGAAAAUGCCCCACUUUGCUUGUCAUUUAGGUCAACCUUUAGGGUACAUCACGUAGUGGAACUCGAAUAUCAAACUUAAUCUGAAUGAUUACCUGUUUUCAGUUUGUGUAUAA